UUUUUUAAGGGGGGUCUGUUAGAAUCCAGCAGCCUCAUACCAGUCUCCACCACGGACUGGAUUAGUUCUUCUGCAACUUGCAAACUUCUUGUUGGACUUUUUUGUCUUCUGCAGGCUGAGCCAGGAUGCCUGAGCCUGUUAAGAAAACAGCUUUUACCAAGAAGCCAAAAUCUUCAGAGGUUGUGGUCGGAGAUUCCAUUACCUUUGAGGCUGAGGUAGAGAAAGAUGGUCUUAGGGUGAGGUGGCAGAGAAAUAACGUAGACAUCGCCGCUAGUGACAAGUACAUCAUCAAAGCCGAUGGCAAAAGCCACUCCUUGACCAUCAACAAGGCUAGCGCCGAGGAUGAAGUCGUCUACGCCAUUAUUGCUGGGGCCGCAAAGGUGAAGUUUGAACUCAAAGUAAAGGAACCAGCAAAAGCAAAAGGUGCUCCAGCUCCUGCACCAGAAGCUCCAGCACCUGCUCCAGAAGCUCCAGCGCCUGCCCCAGAGGCACCAGCACCUGCUCCAGAAGCUCCAGCACCUGCUGUAGAGGGAGAGAAGAAAGAUGAGGCACCUGUUGACGCUCCCGCACCACCACCGGAGGCUCCCAAGGAUGACAUCGGCCUGUUCUUGGAGAGACCAGUUGAUGGAGAAGUCGCUGUUGGGGCAAACAUAAAAUUCACUGCGAAGGUUAGUGGCGCCAACCUACUGAAGAAACCGGUGGUGAAAUGGUUCAAGGGCAAAUGGAUGGACCUGUCCAGCAAAGUGGGCAAACACCUGCAGAUCACUGAGACGUACGACCGGAACAAUAAGAUUUAUACCUUUGAGAUCCAGAUUAUCAAGGCCAAGACCACUUAUGCCGGAGGAUACAGGUGUGAAGUAUCCAGCAAGGACAAGUUUGACAGCUGCAACUUUAACUUAAACGUGAAUGAGGUCAACACUGCCGGAGACAUAGAUAUUCGCUCUGCCUUCAAACGCACGAUCUUAGUAGGACCAGCAAGAAGGAGGAUAUCCGUCGCCAGCGGAGACGGGACUGAAGAAGCUGGAGAACUGGACUUCAGUUCUAUUCUCAAGAAAAGAGACAGUUUCCUGCGUUGCGUAAAUCGUAAUGAGGCUAAGCAGGAUACGGGACCAGACGUCGAUGUUUGGGAGAUCCUUCGUAAGGCACCUCCCUCGGAGUAUGAGAAGAUUGCUUUCCAGUAUGGUAUCACAGAUCUUCGUGGGCUACUGAAACGUCUGAAGAAGAUGAAGAAAGAGGAGAAGAAGAGCGAAGCUUUCUUGAAGAAGCUGGAUCCUGCAUACCAAGUGGAUAAGGGGCAGAAGAUGAAGCUGGUUGUGGAAGUAGCAAAUCCUGAUGCAGAAGUGAAAUGGAUGAAGAAUGGUCAAGAGCUUCGUGUUACUGGAAGCAAGUACAUCUUCGAGAGCAUUGGGAAUAAGAGAAUCUUGACUAUUAAUAACUGCUCGCUGGCCGAUGAUGCAGCAUAUACCUGUGUCAUCGGAGAGGAGAAGUCCUUCACUGAACUGUUCGUAAGAGAGCCACCGGUGCUGAUCCUCCAUCCUCUGGAAGAUCAAGUGGUGAUGGUAGGGGAAAGAGUGGAGUUUGAAUGUGAAGUGUCAGAGGAAGGGGCGCAGGUGAAAUGGGAGAAGAAUGGAGUAGAACUGACCAGAGAAGAAACCUUUAAAUAUCGGUUUAAGAAAGACGGGAAGAAACAUUUCCUCAUCAUUAAUGAGACAACCUUGGAAGACAGUGGCAACUAUGUCGUGAAGACCAACGGAGGAGACUCCGUCGCUGAGCUGUUGGUACAAGAGAAACAGCUGGAAAUUCUGCAGGGUGUAGCCGACCUGACGGUGAAGGCCAAGGAGCAGGCUGUAUUCAAGUGCGAAGUGUCAGACGAGACUGUCACCGGAAUAUGGGUGAAGAAUGGAAAAGAGGUCGUCGCCAAUGAGAGGAUCAAAAUCUCCCAUAUUGGAAGGGUUCACAAGCUGACCAUCGAUGACGUGGUGUCCUCCGACGAAGGAGACUAUUCCUUCAUCCCCAAUGGCUUUGCCUUCAACCUUUCUGCAAAACUGCACUUUAUGGAGGUGAAAAUCGACUUUGUUCCCAGACAAGAACCUCCAAAGAUUAAGCUGGACUAUGCGUCCGGUAAUGCCGACACCAUCAUCGUCGUGGCUGGGAACAAGCUGCGUCUGGACGUUCCUAUCACUGGAGAUCCAGCGCCUACAUUCAUAUGGAGCAAAGGAGACCAGGUCAUUCAACAGGCCCCUGUCAGGACUCACCCUGAGCCAGGGGUGGAGGUCAACGACGAUGUGGAUAUCAUUUCAGAAACUGAUGGCAGAGUCCAUGUGGAGACCCACCCGGACCACUGCGUGUUCAUCAUUGAAGGGGCAGAGAAAUCUGACGAGGGGGCAUACACUGUCCUGCUUAAGAAUCCAGCUGGAGAGGACAAGGCCACCAUUAAUGUGAAAGUCAUUGAGGCACCAGAUCCUCCCCAGGCCCCCAAAAUCCUGAACAUUGGAGAAGAUUUCUGCACCGUUCAGUGGCAGCCACCCAACUAUGAUGGAGGCAUGCCAAUCACAGGUUACGUUUUGGAGAGGAAGAAGAAGAAAAGUUACCGCUGGAUGCGGCUAAACUAUGACCUGGUGAAGGAGCUGACCUAUGAAUCUAAACGUAUGAUUGAAGGAGUCAUCUAUGAGAUGAGGAUCUAUGCCGUCAAUGCCAUUGGCAUGUCUCUUCCCAGCCAGCCUUCUCAGCCAUUCAUGCCAAUUGCUCCCACAAGUGAGCCCACCCAGCUGACCGUGGACGAUGUGAGUGACACCAGCAUCACUCUGAAAUGGAGGCCUCCAGAGAGAAUCGGUGCCGGAGGACUGGACGGAUACAUGGUGGAAUAUUGCAAGGAGGGGUCUUCUGAAUGGGUCCCCGCACUACAAGGCCUAACUGAGAGAACAUCUACUUUGAUCCGAGAUCUUCCCACAGGGGAGAGACUCACCUUCAGGGUCAGAGCAAUCAACCUGGCAGGACCCAGUGAUCCCUGCACCAUGAAAGAGCCUGUCACCAUCCGCGAGAUCAUGCAACGACCAAAGAUCUGGCUCCCACGCUUCCUGAGACAGAAACUUGUGAAGAAAGUUGGUGAGACGGUGAACAUUGUCAUACCCUUCCAGGGAAAACCUCGCCCAGUGGUCACCUGGUUAAAGGACGGCCAACCCAUUGAUCCAAAACAAAUUGGCAUUAGAAACAGCGAGGCCGACACCAUCCUGUUCAUCAGAUCUGCUGAGAGGCAUCACUCCGGAGAAUACCAGGUUAAAAUCCAGAUUGAGAACUGUGAGGACACUGCCACCAUCCAUAUCCAGAUUGUAGACAAGCCCAGUGCUCCUCAAAACUUGAAGAUCGUGGAAAUAUGGGGAUUCAAUGUGGCCCUGGAAUGGUCUCCACCUCAAGACGAUGGAAAUACUGAGAUUAGCGGCUACACUAUCCAAAAAGCAGACAAAAAGACAAUGGAAUGGUUCACAGUCUAUGAACAUUACAGACGUCUUAACUGUGUUGUGUCCGAUCUGAUUAUGGGCAACGAGUAUUUUUUCAGAGUAUUCAGCGCGAACAUGUGUGGACUGAGUGAGAAACCCGCCAACUCCAAGGACAGUGCACAUAUCCUGAAAACAGGAAUUUCCUACAAGCCUCCCAAUUACAAAGAACAUGAGUUUGAGGAGGCACCUAAAUUCACACACCCUCUUGUGAGCCGCUCUGUAGUUGCUGGAUACAAUGCAACCCUCAGCUGUUCUUUGCGUGGUUCACCCAAGCCAAGAAUCACUUGGUACAAGAACAAGAUGGACCUGUCCGGGGAGGCCCGUUACCGCAACUUAAGUAAGCAGGGUGUGCUGACCCUAGAGGUGAGGAAGCCCAGUCCAUUUGAUGGUGGCGUCUACACGUGCAAAGCCGUAAAUGAGCAUGGAGAGGCUGAGACUGAAUGCCGACUGGAGGUUCGAGUGCCCCAGUAAAUUGCAGUGAUGGGUCAUGGCAGGUGAAGGAAGGCGGCAAACCUGUAAGAGGUGCCAUCUACAGAACGCAGCAGUUUCAUACACAUCUAGUGUCCAUACAUGUGUAUAAUGCAGUGCAGACAACACGCUGAUGACAUCAUGAUGACAUCAUCGCACCGCCAUGUGCACUGCAUAUUCCACGACGGAUACAUUGGCUUGAAUUGCAUUUUUUUUUUUCUUGUCUUUUUCUAAAUGUUAUUGAGGAUAUGAUAUGACUCCUAUCUACAGUCAUACACAGAAGUGCUUUAUGUGGAUUCAGAAGGUGAAAUAAAGGAAUAAAAAUGC